AUGACUUUAGCACCAGAAACACUGAACAGGUGUCUUCACGAGACACUCAUCUUCAGUCGUCUUCUGGAUUACGCAACGUGGCAGACGGCUCCUGGAGACAUGAUGGUGAAAGCAACCACUGCAUCGAACGAAGCCGUCACACGUAUUCUUCAUAUUGGGCCAGAUGUCGAGAUUAAUCUCUUAAGAUUCUAUUAUUAUCCUAUGUGGUUCUGGGUUGUGAUUGCAGUUGGAUUCUCGUUCUGCACCAUCAGUUGUGCUGUUUGGUUCUUCUGUGCAAUGUAUAGAUUGAGAAAAGAAAAACCAUGCAAUCAUCCAGUCUAUGAAAUCGGCACUGUUGUCACGAAAGACGGAGAAGAGAAACCAGACAAAAUGACAGCUCAGAAGUCUGAAAAACAUUGUAAAAAAGUUGGAGCAUUGAGUGAAGCAGAGUCAUUGGCCAAGAGUUUCAAAAGUGUCAGAUCCAAAAAAUCGACAAAAUCUUCUAGAAAAUCAUCCAGGAAAUCGACGAAAUCCACAAAGAAAUCAUCGAAAGAACGAGUUGAUGAUCAUGAGGAGAAGCCGAAGACCGAGGAGAAUCACGAUGAUAAUGGAGGUGAUCAAGGACAUAAAGAUGAGAAUGGUGGAAAAUCUGGAAAAUCGAAAACUUCUCGGAAAUCGAGCAGAAAAGAUGGAGGUCGUGAUGAUAGUUUCAUUGUGGAGAUGAUGGAUCAGAAUGUUGGAAACCACGGAGAAAAUGAGAAUAUCAUAAAGAAGCUCGCUGGUAGUUUCGUUUUCUGGAAAUGA